AUGAGGACCUCCUCGUCGUCCUCCUCGGCGAACGCGCACAGGUUCGGACCGAUCGACAUCCCGGACUCGCAGGUCUUCUGCGAGACGCCGCUCUCGCUCGGGCUCGUGAACCUCAAGCCGGUGGUCCCCGGGCACGUCCUGAUAAUCUCGCGUAGGGUCGUCGCGCGGUUCGCGGACCUCACCCCGGAGGAGACGACGGACCUGUGGUCCCUCGCCAAGAGGGUCGGGACGUGCAUCGAGCCUCAUUUCGGCGCGACGUCGCUCACGUACGCCAUACAGGACGGGCCCGCGGCGGGGCAGACGGUGCCGCACGUCCACGUCCACGUGCUCCCCCGGAAACCCGGAGACUUCGAGAACAACGACGAGGUGUACGAGCGCAUAGAGGAGAGCGGAGAGGCGGGCGAGAGGCUCGAUCUGGACGCGGAACGGGUGGUGCGCACGGCGAACGAGAUGGCGCAAGAGGCGCGGGAGCUCCGCGCGCUGCUCGACGCGUCGAGGGGAACGUGA